AUGGGUUAUUUAAAACUGAUAGAGAUAGAAAAUUUCAAAUCCUAUAAAGGAAGGCAGAUUAUUGGACCUUUUCAUAAAUUCACUGCAAUCAUCGGACCCAAUGGAUCUGGAAAAUCCAACCUUAUGGAUGCCAUCAGCUUUGUGUUGGCUGAGAAGACCAGUAACCUGCGUGUGAAAACACUGAAGGAUCUAAUCCAUGGCGCACCUGUAGGGAAGCCAGCUGCCAAUAGAGCCUUUGUCAGCAUGGUCUACCAGGAGGAUAACGGAGAGGAUCGUGCCUUCACAAGGGUCAUCAUUGGUUCUUCCUCAGAGUACCGCAUCAACAACAAGGUGGUGGGCCUGCCUGAAUACAGUGAAGAGCUGGAAAAACUUGGUAUCCUGAUCAAGGCUAGAAACUUCCUGGUCUUUCAGGGAGCUGUGGAGUCUAUUGCCAUGAAGAACCCCAAAGAGCGUACAGCGCUGUUUGAGGAGAUCUCCCGUUCUGGAGAGCUAGCCCAGGAAUAUGACCGCAGGAAGAAGGAGAUGGUGAAAGCAGAAGAAGACACGCAAUUCAAUUACCAUCGCAAGAAAAACAUUGCUGCUGAACGCAAAGAAGCCAAGCAAGAGAAAGAGGAGGCUGAGCGUUACCAGCGUCUGAAGGAUGAAGUGGCCAGGGCCAGUGUUCAGUUGCAGCUCUUCAAACUGUACCACAAUGAGACUGAAAUUGAGAAGCUGAACAAAGAGCUUGGACAGCGGAACAAGGAGAUUGAGAAAGAUCGUAGAAAAAUGGACCAUGUCGAGGAAGAGCUGAAGGACAAGAAGAAGGAGCUGGGCAGGCUGAUGAGGGAGCAACAGACCAUAGAAAAAGAAAUCAAAGAGAAAGACUCGGAGCUGAACCAAAAGAGGCCGCAGUACAUCAAGGCUAAAGAGAACACUUCACACAAGAUCAAGAAGCUUGAGGCAGCACGCAAAUCUUUGCAAAAUGCACAGAAGAUGUACAAGAAACGCAAGGCAGACAUGGAUGAGUUGGAUAAAGAGAUGAGGGCAGUGGAGCUGGCAAAGCAAGAGUUUGAGGAGCGCAUGGAGGAGGAGGCGCAGAGUCAAGGCCAGGACCUCACUCUGGAGGAAAAUCAGGUCAAGCAGUAUCAUCGUCUGAAGGAGGAGGCCAGUAAACGUGCUGCUACACUGGCACAGGAGUUGGAGAAGUUUAAUCGUGACCAGAAGGCUGACCAGGACCGCCUUGACUUGGAGGAGAGGAAGAAAGUGGAGACAGAGGCCAAAAUCAAGCAAAAGAUCCGUGAAAUUGAAGAAAAUCAGAAACGUAUUGAGAAAUUAGAGGAUUACAUUGCCACCAGCAGGCAGUCACUAGAUGAGCAGAAGCGCAUGGAAGAGGAGCUGACUGAAGAGGUGGAGAUGGCCAAGAGGAGGAUUGAUGAGAUCAACAUGGAACUUAACCAGGUAAUGGAGCAACUGGGAGACGCCAGGAUCGACAGGCAGGAGAACAGUCGCCAGCAGCGCAAGGCUGAGAUCAUGGAGAGUAUCAAAAGACUCUACCCUGGCUCUGUGUAUGGUCGUUUAAUCGACCUGUGUCAGCCCACUCAGAAGAAGUAUCAGAUUGCUGUGACCAAAGUGUUGGGUAAGAACAUGGAUGCCAUCAUUGUUGACUCAGAGAAGACUGGCAGAGACUGCAUUCAGUAUAUCAAGGAGCAGAGAGGAGAGCCUGAGACCUUCCUUCCUCUUGACUACCUUGAGGUGAAACCAACCGAUGAGAAACUGAGAGAACUGCGAGGGGCCAAGCUGGUGAUUGAUGUGAUUCGCUAUGAACCCCCCCACAUCAAGAAAGCCCUGCAGUAUGCUUGUGGCAACGCACUUGUCUGUGAGAAUGUCGAAGAUGCACGAAGGAUUGCUUUUGGAGGGCCAUACAGACAUAAGACGGUAGCCCUGGACGGUACUCUGUUCCAGAAGUCUGGAGUCAUCUCUGGAGGAGCCAGUGACCUGAAGGCCAAGGCCAGACGUUGGGAUGAGAAAGCAGUGGAUAAGCUCAAGGAAAAGAAAGAAAAACUCACUGAAGAGCUCAAGGAGCAAAUGAAGGCCAAGAGGAAGGAGGCAGAGCUGCGUCAGGUGCAGUCUCAAGCCCACGGUCUGCAGAUGAGACUCAAGUACUCCCAGAGUGACCUGGAACAGACAAAAACCCGCCACCUCUCCCUCAACAUGCAGGAGAAGUCUAAGCUAGAGAGUGAACUGGCAAACUUUGGCCCACGCAUCAACGACAUCAAGAGGAUCAUCCAGUCCCGUGAGAGGGAGAUCACUGACCUGCGGGACCGCAUGAACCUGGUGGAGGAUGAGGUGUUUGUGGAAUUCUGUAAGGAGAUUGGAGUGAGGAACAUCAGAGAGUUUGAGGAGGAGAAGGUGAAGAGGCAGAAUGAGAUUGCAAAGAAGCGUCUUGAGUUUGAGACCCAGAAGACUCGUCUGGGUAUCCAGUUAGACUAUGAGAAGAAUCAGCUGAAGGAGGACCAAGAAAAAGUCAUGAUGUGGGAGCAGACGGUUAAGAAGGACGAGGCUGAAAUAGAGCGACUUAAGAAGGAGGAGCACAGACACAUGAAGAUCAUUGAUGAGACAAUGGCUCAGCUACAGGACCUGAAGAACCAGCAUCUCACCAAGAAAUCUGAAGUCAAUGAUAAAAACCAUGAGAUGGAGGAGAUCCGCAAAAAACUGGGUGGCGCCAACAAGGAGUUGACCCAGCUCCAGAAGGAGGUGACAGCCAUUGAGACCAAACUAGAGCAGAAGCGCAGUGAUCGUCACAACUUGCUGCAGGCUUGCAAAAUGCAGGAUAUCAGGUUGCCUCUUCGGUCUGGAACAAUGGAUGAUAUCAGCCAGGGAGAGGGGAGCUCCCAGACAGAUGAGUCCAGCAGCCAGAGGAUGUCCAGCAGUCUUCUCGCUAAGGAGGCUGUUAUAGAGAUUGACUACAGCAACCUGUCUGAGGACCUUAAGGAUGCCCUGUCAGAGGAAGAGAUCAAGGCAGAGACAAACACGCUGCAACAGCGUCUGAAUGAACAGCAGAGUAUCCUACAGAGGAUCAGUGCUCCCAACAUGAAGGCCAUGGAGAAGCUAGAGAGUGUCAGGGACAAGUUCCAAGAGACUAGUGACGAGUUUGAAGCUGCCCGUAAAAGAGCCAAGAAGGCCAAGCAAGCCUUUGAGCAGAUCAAGAAGGAAAGGUUUGAUCGUUUCAACAACUGCUUUGAGUCUGUAGCCACCAACAUCGAUGAGAUCUACAAGGCCCUCUCACGUAACAGCAGUGCCCAGGCUUUCUUGGGCCCAGAAAACCCAGAGGAGCCGUACCUGGAUGGCAUCAACUAUAACUGUGUGGCUCCAGGAAAGAGGUUCAGGCCCAUGGACAACCUGUCUGGAGGAGAGAAGACUGUCGCAGCCCUGGCUCUGCUCUUUGCUAUCCACAGCUACAAACCAGCACCCUUUUUUGUACUGGACGAGAUUGAUGCUGCUCUGGACAAUACUAACAUUGGCAAGGUGGCCAAUUACAUCAAAGACCAGUCAAUGCAGAACUUCCAGGCCAUCGUCAUUUCUCUGAAGGAGGAAUUCUAUACCAAGGCAGACUCGCUGAUCGGUGUUUAUCCAGAGCAAGGAGAUUGUGUCAUCAGCAAAGUUCUCACCUUUGACCUCUCUCAGUAUCCUGAUGCCAACCCAAAUCCGAACGAAUAGAACACGGCACUCCUGGUAUUUUGGCAAGUUGGACAUUCAUUUUCUACUCUCUCUGGAUUGCUCAUGUAUUCUGUAUUCACGCAUCACGUAUCCAUUAGGCCCCACAUUAUUUCCUCUUGUUUUUUAUGUUUAUGUAUUUUUUGAUAUGGUAGAUCAUUGAAUUAGUGAGAUUUGUUUUUGUUGUUGUUGUGGGGAUGGUCUUUAUAAACUGUUAACAACCAGGAUGUAUGCACAUUUAUACAAACCACCAUUUUUUUUCAAUUUGGCAUUGCAGGAGUGAUUCUAAUAAUUACUAAAACUGAAUUAUGAUCCAGUGAAACUGAAUGGGAAUCAAAGCUUUUUAAUAGACUGUAGAAUUUGUAUCAUGGUAAAAUGUCAGAUUUACCCAAAGCACGUUUUUGUUUUACUGUUUAUAACCCCUUUUUCAGUGGUGUGCUCAAAAGCCCUGUGCCUGUCCUCUUUUGUGUGUACUAAAAGAUGUAUUUGCAUUUUCAAACAGGCUACUUUUUUUUAAAGCUUAAUCAGGAAACUGUUGUUGCAGUAUGAUGGAUACAUUCCCAUGUGUGAUAGCUAAAUAAAGCCAGUAGGUAGCUGCAGCUGGUGGUGCUAUAAUGAGAUCAUGGAGCUUUGCAAAGGAAAUAUGCUGAGGUUAUACAUCUGAAUGAAUAACAACAGUUCCCCUGAGUGAUAAUCUGAAUCAGCUUCAGACAAAUGAGAAUUUUUAGGUCAGGUUUCAGGUCUGUUUGUAUUGAGUGCUCUGCUUCAGUAAAUAAAAUUCAAAUUAUUUAAGCUC